UUAAAAGUAUAUAUAUUAUAAGGACCAAAAUUAGAGUGUAUGGAUGUUAAGGGACUAAAAACGCAAAUACCUAAAUUAACCACCGGAAAAUGUCCCUAAUUAACCUGAAGCCGCCGUAUCACGGCCGUUCGCCGCCCCUUCGCCGCCACAAACUCACAGUCCCCCGCCAGGUAACCAAACCAACUACUAACAUCAUCUUCAAUUUCUCCAUUUCAACCUCUGCAUUAACAAUAAAAUCAUCAUCUACACGCGCCGCUGCGAACUCCGGCAAUUUCAUUUCUCCGUUCACCUCUAUAGCUCCUCUUAAACCUUAUCUCCUUUCGGAAUGGAAACCGAUUCUCUGUGGAUGGCUCUGCAGUGUUUUAUCUGUUUACUCUCUGUCCAAAAUUGUUCCCAAAGUUGGAAAAUUCUCGUCUCUCAUGAAUCCGUUGGAUGUUGUGAGGCUGAGAGAGGAGUGUUUGGUUUUGGGAGGUUUGUUUUUCGUUCGACUCGUUGGUAAUUAUCUGCAGCAAGCGUUUCUAUGGGAAGCUGCGUUGAACUGUGUGUAUAAGAUGAGGGUUUGUGUUUUCCAUAAGGUUUUGCAGAGAGAUUUAGGGUUUUUUGAGGGAGAAAAUGGGAUUGCUGCUGGAGAUGUUGCUUAUAGGAUUACUGCUGAAGCUUCUGAUGUUGCUGAUACUGUUUAUUCUCUCUUGAAUACUAUUGUACCAAGUAGUCUUCAAUUAUCAGCAAUGGCAGUUCAGAUGUUGGUCAUCAACCCUGUUCUAUCAUUACUUUCCGCCUUGGUGAUCCCGUUGAUGGGUUUUGUGAUUGGUUACUUGGGCGAAAAACUUCGUGAUGUAUCAAACAAGGCACAUCUUGCUGCUGCUUCUCUCUCUUCCUAUCUGAAUGAGAUCCUCCCAUCAAUUCUUUUUGUGAAGGCAAACAAUGCGGAGUCCUGUGAAAGAAAGAAGUUCCAGUUACUUGCUUUUGCUGAUCUAUCUGCGACUAUGGGAAAGAAGAAGUUGAAGUCAUUUAUUCCUCAGUUGGUACAGGCAAUAUAUUUUGGCACCUUACUCACAUUUAGCGCUGGAACGCUGCUUGUUUCAAAAGGUUCAAUUGAUUGUUCUGCCAUGGUUUCUUUUGUGACAUCCCUGGUUCUGUUGAUCUCCCCAAUCCAGGAUGUGGGAAAAGCAUACAACGAAUUAAAACAAGGAGAGCCAGCAAUUCAGCGCCUAUUUAGUUUGACAACAUUUGAACCAGAGGAAAUUGUGAACCCAGAUGCUGUUGACUUAGAUUGUGUUGCUGGAGAAGUAAAAUACUCUAACGUCUCUUUUAGAUAUGGAGACAAUGGACCUCUUGUAUUGAAAAACAUGGACUUACAUAUUAAAUCUGGUGAAAUAGUUGCCCUGUGUGGACCAUCAGGAGGAGGAAAAACGACUCUUGUAAAACUCCUUCUUCGCUUAUAUGAUCCUUUACAAGGUUCCAUUUUCAUUGAUGGUUUGGAUAUUAGAGGCAUACGAAUCGAGAGUUUAAGGAGAAACAUUGGUUUGGUCUCUCAAGAUACACAAGGUCAACUGAAGUGGGAAAGAGGAACUACACGGCUGAAUUGUUUUCCAAUUUUUUUAAAAUUCUAUCAGACAUUAUUUUCUGGAAGUGUCGCCGAGAACAUUGGAUAUAGGGAUAGAAUGGCUGGUAUUGAUAUGGAGAGAGUGAAGCUUGCUGCCAGAACUGCAAGUGCAGAAGAAUUUAUUGAAGCGCUUCCUCUUAGCUAUGAGACAAAUGUUGGACCUAGGGGCUCAAUUUUCAGUGGAGGGCAGAAGCAAAGAAUAGCUAUUGCUCGGGCUCUUUAUCAGGAUCCAUCUAUUCUAAUAUUGGAUGAAGCUACUUCAGCAUUAGACAGCAAGUCAGAGCUGUUGGUAAGACGAGCUCUGCAGCACCUGAUGCAAAAUCGUACUGUACUAGUGAUUGCUCACCGCUUGGAAACAGUUUUAAUGGCUGAACGAGUUUUCCUUUUAGAUGAUGGAUACUUGCAGGAGGUUCCUCGCUCCUCUCUUUUGGACGGUCAAAGUGGCUCACUGGCAUCGAUGAGUUUAACAGUAUGAUGUUUAAAUGAAGCUAAAGGUCAAUGAAUAUGCAUUUGUUGCUCUAGUAUGGAAGUAUGUCCUACAACUUUCUUAUCCUUCCAAUGUAAGCUGCUCGUCGCACCAAAUGCCCCUUUAUAUGAAGCUAAAGGUCUGUAAGGUGCUGUAAAUUUCUUGAACAAGUACUUACAGAGUGAUGUAUAUGAUUGUAUAUCUUUACAUACGUUAGAAAAUGCAAUAGAGGCAACACAAUAAUGUCAUUUUUUUUGCCUCAUCUAUUAUAGUGGUAAAUGAUCAAUUGAUUUAAGUGUGGGGAUUAUAGAUCAA